AUGAUGAAUGAUUUAUUUAAUAAUGAUAAUAACGAUAAAGUAAGCAGACGUUUAAAAAAUGAAUCAAAUUACAACAAAACCAGACUUAUAAUUAAGAAUAUACCAAAGUAUAUGAAUGAAUUGGAUUUAAAAAAACAUUUUUUUAAGAUGAAAGGAAAAUAUGAUUUUAAAAUAACUGAUAUAAAAAUAAUGAAAAGGAAAAAAAUUGUAAAUAAUAAAGAACAAUAUGAAUCAAGAAAAAUUUGUUUUAUAGGAUUUAUUAAUAAUAUAGAUUGUGAAAACUUUAAAAAAUCAUUUGAUAAUACAUACAUUAAUACAAGUAAAAUAACAAUAGAGGAGGCAUUUUCUCCAAUUAUAUCAAAGCACGUAGAAAAAAACAAAACAAAUGCAUUAGAAAAAAAAGAAAUUAAUAGAAAUAAGCCAAAAAAAUCAGUAGAAAUAAUUAAAAACGAAAAAUUUAUAAAUAAAAUGAUUCCAAUUAAAAAAACAAAAGCUGGUAUGAACAGCACAAGGAGUCAUGUCAUAUAUUUAGAUGAUGAAACUAAUGUAAAUAAAAAUGAAGAAUCCAAUAAUCCUAAAAAAAAAAAAAAAAAAAAAAAGAAAAAAAAAAAUGUUACAGAGAAAAUUGAAAAUAUAGAAAAAGACAACAAAAAUAAUAUUGAAAGUAAUACAGAAAACAACAAGGAAAAUGUUGAAGAGAAUGCCUUAGAUUGGUUGAAAAAAAUUUCAAAAAAUAAUGGAAAUGAUAAUAAUUUAGAAAAAAAACAAAAUUUAUUUGAGGAAGAAAUAAUUAAGGGAGAUAAUAAUCAAUCAAAUAACUUAAGUGAAAAUAAAAAUGCUGAUGUUACUUUAAAUUUUGAAAACAGUGACUAUGAAAAUAUGAAUACAGGAAAAUUAAUCAUAUUUAAUUUGCCACCUGUUAAUGAACAUGAUAUAAAAGAGUUGUGUGAAAAGUAUGGCCCUGUUGUAGAUGUGAAAGUUUUUAAGAAUACUAAAAAAGGAAGUCUAGAAAUAAAUGUAAAUGAAACAAAUAAGUCAAAUAAAGAUUUUUUUUUAAAAUUAUUAAAAAAUAAUGAUGAUAGUUUGAAAGAAAAAGAAAAAAAGAAAAAAAAAAGUAAUAACAGUAAUAAUAAUUAUAAUGAUUUAAAAAAAAAAAAUGAUUUAGAUGAAUAUGAAAAUGAUGAUAAAGAUAUAAAUACAUUAGAUAAAAAAAAUAUAAUAAUAGACAAUGAUCUUACUAAUAUAAAAGUAUAUGCUUUUGUUAAUUUUAUGUUUCCAAGUGCUUGUGAGAAAGCCAAAGAAAAUCUAAAUAAUACAAUAUAUAGAGGGAAAAUUUUAUAUGUUAAAUAUGCAAAAGAAAAAUUAGGAGAUUUUGAGAUUUAUGAAAAAAAUAAAAAUAAUAUAUUUAUUAAAUUAUCCAAUGACUCUAAGAGUUCAUAUAAAAAAAUAUUAGAAAUACAAAAAAAGAGAAAUUGCCAAAAUGAAAAUAUCUGGAAUACUUUAUUUACUGAUAUAAAUUCUAAUAUUCAUAAUUUUUGUAAAGAAAAUAAAUGUAGCCGUGAAUCGAUAUUAAACAUAAAAGAUAAGAACAUAGCAGUUAAUGUUUCUUUAACAGAAACAUACAUAAUUAAUAAAAUGAAAGAGUGGAUAAAAAAAGAAGGUAUUUAUUUAGAGGCUUUUGAACAAAUUUACAAAAAAAAUGAAGAAAAGGAAGAAACAAAAAUUAAUCAAUUAAAAGAGAAAAAAGAAAAUAAUGAACUAACCGAAAAAGAGGAAUGUCAAGAUGAUAACUUAAACAUUACAGAAAAAGUUAUAAAAUAUAAAAGAAGUAAUGACACUAUAAUAAUUAAAAAUCUAUCUAUGAAUACAAAUCAAAAUGAUAUAAUUAACUUAUUUAAGAAAUUUGGAACAUUAAUAAAAGUUAGUUUUUCUCCAUAUAAUAAUAUAGCUAUAAUUCAAUUUGAAAAUUCAGAAAAUGCAAAAAAAGCUUUUAUAUCAAAUUCUUAUAUAAGAUACAAAAAAUUACCUUUGUAUUUAGAAUGGGCUCCUAUUAAUUUGUAUGAACAAAAAAUAAAGGAAGAUGAUACAAACAAAAAUAAUACUAAUGACAAUGAUAUUCUGUUAGAAAAUGAUACAAAAAAAAAAGAUGGUGAUAUUUUGAAUAACUCAAAUGAAGCUAAUAAAAGUGAAGACGAACUAUUAGGGAGUGAAUCAAGUGAUGAAGAAGUUACUCAUGCUAGUAUAUAUAUAAAAAAUAUAAAUUUUAAUACAAAAGAAGAAGAUUUAAAAAAAUUAUUCGAAAAUUUAGAAGGUUUUUUAACUUGUAAUAUUGUCAAGAGUAAAAAAGUUAUAUCACAAAAAGAAUAUGAAAAAAAUAACACAAUAGAACAUAAAUACAUUUCAUUAGGAUAUGGAUUUGCAGAAUUUAAAAGCAAAGAAUGUGCCAUUGAAGCUAUUAAAAAAUUAACGGGAACUUCAUUAGAUGAUCAUAUAUUGGAAUUAAGUUUAUCUCAUAAUAGAAUAAAGAAAAAAAUAAAAAAAAAUAAUGAAGAAAAAAAAGUAAUUAAAGAACAAAAAAAAAUAAGUAAAAAAUUAAUUGUUAAAAAUUUAGCUUUUCAAGUGACCAAAGAGGAAUUAAGAAAACUAUUUUCUACUUUUGGUAAUGUAAAAAGUGUCCGAAUUCCAAAAAAUGCUUAUAAUAGAAGUAGAGGAUAUGCAUUCAUUGAAUUUAUGUCAAAAAAUGAAUGCUUAAAUGCAAUAGAAUCUUUACAACAUACACAUUUGUAUGGGAGACAUCUCAUUAUUGAUUUUGCAAAUGAUUUUAUAUUUGAACAGAAUAUUGAUGAAUUUGAUAGAUUAAAAGAAAAUGAUAAUAAAGAUAAUAAAAAUUCUAUAACAUCAGAACAAGCUAAAAGAAAAGCUAUUUAUGAAUCAAAAAAAAGUAAUGAAAUAAGUGAAUCAAAAAAGAGAAAAGUGUUGGGUAAUUUAGAAAAUAUUUAA